AUGCGUGAGGGUCUAUCUCGUGUCGAAGUAAUCGAUGAAUUGCUUCUUUUUAUUGUAGCGGGUUGUGAAACAACAGGAACUGCACUUGCUUGGUUUAUAUAUUUUAUGAGUAAAAAUCCUCGUGUACAAGCUAAAAUUAAAGCAGAACUUGGUGAUAAUAAGCAAAAUCGAGUAUCUGUCGAACAAAUUGAAUCUUUGACUUAUUUGGAUUGUGUUAUACAAGAACUUUUCCGUUUUCUUCCACCUGUUGUCGGUACAACUCGUACAUUAACUAUAGAUGAUCAAUUACCAGGAAGUGGUAUUCAAUUGCAUAAGGGCGAUGAAACAUUCAUUUCAUUCUACAAUUUAGCUCGAGACAAACGAUGUUGGAAAAUUGAUCCUGAUUUAUUCUAUCCCGAACGUUUUCAAGGUGAAGAUAAAGAUCAUCAUCCAUAUGCAUCAAUUCCUUUUGGUGGUCAUCGACGAUGUAUUGGUCAAGAUUUAGCUCGUUUUGAAUUGAAAGCAAUUAUAGUGAAAUUAAUGCAACAUGUUACUUUUGGUGAUGGUGGUGAUCAAGUUAAUGCGGGUGGAUAUAUUCAAAAAAUGACUGUGAUACCGAAACAUAUUGGUGUCGCUAUAACAUUUGAUUAA